UGCGGUCUGUGGGAGACAAGUCGAGCCAGCGCGCAGACAGACGCGCGCCUCACCCAAUGGCACAGCUGGAGGACGCGCGUAACCGCGGCGCGGACCAAUCCGCCAGCUCGUAGGGCGGGUCUGUCUCCGUGCAUUCUGAUUGAAUCGGUCCCGGUUUGUAUUAGUUUGAAGAGCGGACGAGCAGAACAAGCAAAUCUGCCACAAAUAACAGCGCGGCUGAGGACGGCGGGCGUCAUGGCACUUACGCGCAGCGAUCUGAGCCGCAGCCGACGCGCUACGUCGUGACGAACCUCUGUGGCUUUCUUUUUUUUUUUUUUCACUGUCCCCUUUCUUCUGGCGGUAUUUGUGAGGAUGCACAAGAUGAGAGCUGCGCAGGGAUGCCUUGGCUGAGGAAUGACAAACAGGGCGUCUCUCACGGUGAUGAAGGCUUCUUCACGCACCAGCCGUAAGAAUCACCGCAGCGCUCGCCGUCCGUGGUCUUGGCCAUUGUUCCUAUGAAGAGCACUGCGCAGCACAGUGAAGAGCCUGCUGUGGAGCUUUAUUAUCUAAUCACUCAUCGGGGCUUCAUUUCCACAGUCUAGGCUGCACACUGGUGCACCGUCAGUGCUGCCGAGAGGGUCCAGAUGAGAGGCAAGCAAUAUCACCAAACACUCAAGUUGACAGCGCCUUGGGAGAAGGAUGCUGGCUUUGGAAGGAAGCUCAAAACCUACAGGAACCAUACCAAGAUAAUAGCACAGCCUGGAAUCGUGAUGAAAGUGCUGCGCAGGAAGAGGAUCGUGUUGUUUAUGGCGUAUUUCCUCCUGCUGGUGCUCACUAUGCUUAACUUGGCGAAUUAUAAAUGGACUAAAGAGCCUCAGCAGUGUAAUCACCAGAUGAGAAGCACCACCUAUCAAAGCAGAUCUGACAUCCGCUUCCUCUACAGGCCCUCUCUAGCCAAGAAGAGACAGCUCAUCUACGUUCUUACCACCUGGAGGUCGGGCUCGUCCUUUUUCGGGGAGCUUUUUAACCAAAAUCCAGAAGUGUUCUUCCUGUAUGAGCCCAUGUGGCACAUUUGGCAGAAACUGUACCCAGGAGACGCUGUGUCUUUGCAAGGGGCCGCCCGGGACAUGCUCAGCUCCUUGUACCGCUGUGAUCUGUCUGUUUUCCAACUUUACAACAGCCCUGGAGGCAAGAAUUUCACCUCACUGGGGCUGUUUGGGGCCACCCUGAAUAAAGUGAUCUGCUCCUAUCCCCUCUGCUCUGCCUACAGGAAGGAGGUGGUGGGGAUGGUGGAUGAUAAGGUGUGCAAAAAGUGCCCCCCACAAAGCCUUAGACUACUGGAGGAAGAGUGCCUCAAAUACAACACUAUAGUCAUUAAAGGGGUGCGCAUUUUGGAUAUUAAUGUUUUGGCCCCGCUCAUGGAGGACCCAUCGCUGGAUUUAAAGGUGAUACACUUGGUAAGAGACCCACGGGCAGUGGCCAAUUCCAGGAUCAAAUCUAGGCAUGGCCUGAUUCGGGAGAACUUACAGGUGGUCCGCAGCAGAGACCCUAAACUUCGCCGUAUCCCUUUCGUGGACCCUGGCCACAAGGCCAACAAGAAGGAUGGCUCAGACUACCACUCUAUUGGCGCAAUGGAGGUAAUCUGUGACCGCACCUCCAGGACUUUGAGGACUGCCUUAAACCCACCCAGCUGGCUGAAGGGGAAGUACAUGGCAGUACGCUACGAAGACCUGGUGGAGAACCCAGUCAAGACUCUGCGAAGCAUCUACCGCUUUGCCAACCUGACCGCCAACCACGACAUUGAGUCUUUUGCCCUGAACAUGACCAGUGGCUCCAGCUCAUCCUCAAAACCGUUCAUAGUGUCGUCACGUAACGCCACGCAAGCCGCUAGCGCGUGGAGAAUGGUGCUCAACAUCCAGCAGAUCAAACAAGUGGAGGACUACUGCCACCACGCCAUGUCGGUGCUCGGCUACGAGAGGGUCAGAACAGCCGGAGAGGCCAAGGACUUAAGCAAAUCACUACUGACACACUCCAAACUGUGAAAACAUCCUCGCCACCAAAGACACUUUAAUGUUCAUUUUGCAUCGAGUGCCGUUUCCUCCAAUCGUGGAUUAAAGCUUUAUGUGAAAUUAAUGUUUGAGGAUUUCCACUGGCCACAUCUGGAAUGUAUUUUUUCUUUGGAAAUGGGGUGGUGUUUGAAAGGACCACUUCUUUUAUACUAGG